CAAAUCUAACGCCAUGUUUAAAGAGGGUUAUUAGGGCAUUCAAACAGAUUUGGUGAGAAGAUUGUUGAGCAUGGUUCAGUAUAUUUCUUUUUGUAACAUGUGUUUGAAUGUAUCCUAGCCAGCGGAAGCAGCAGAAGGAUUUGUUGGCAGCGCUGCAGAAAGUUGUGGUUCCCAUCUACUGCACCAGCUUUCUGGCUGUGGAGGAAGAGAAGCAGCAGAAGAUUACUAGGUUGUUGCAACUGUGGGAGAAUAAGUACUUUGAUGAUGAGAAUCAGCAGCUCCAGAAUCCAGCACUCGGCCUCGGCCAGUACCAAGCGUCUCUGAUAACAGAGUAUGCUGCGGUGGUGCAACCGAUCCAACUGGCCUUCCAACAGCAGAUCCAGGCUUUGAAGGGCCAGCACGAAGAGUUUGUUGCCAGCCUAAAGCAGCAGCAGCAGCAGCACCAGCCACAACCUGCCUCUGUAGCACAGCUAGCUACCCCUGCUGAGCCUGAAAAGGCCCUACCUAUGACUACAAAAGCAGGGGAUGUGAAGCCGCCCAUGACGGGCCCUCCACCAGGGGAGUUUGAUGGUGCUUCUUCCAGGCCACAGGACCCCAGCAACCCCAGUGCACCCUCAGAUAUCCCCUCUAACAAGGCUGCGUGGUAUGACCAGCACAUGGGCCCCUGGAACCCCAACCAGCCGCCUCCUUUUGACCCAAACCAGCCCCCCCCCCCCUGCCCUCCCUGGAACAGCCAUGAGGGGAUGUGGAACGAGCAGAGGGACCCAGGAAACUGGAGCGGAGGUCCACCCAGAGAAGGAGGCCCCUGGAGUGGUCCAGGUGGGUCUGACCCAGGCCCUCCAUCUUGGAACUCAUAUGAGCAGCAGCCGCCGCCAUGGGGGAACCAGCCUGAACAGCCUCCAUGGGGCCAGAGGGAAUCCCCAUUUCCUCCACGCAUGCAGAGACCUCCCCAUUUCAGAGGGCCCUUCCCUCCGCACCAGCAACCACCUCCUUUCAACCAGCCCCCACCACCACCACACAGUUUCGGACGCUUUCCGCCACGCUUUAUGCAGGACGACUUUCCUCCCAGACACCACUAUGACAGGCCGCCGUACACCCCACACCGCUUUGACUACGCUCAAGGAGAUUAUCCCGGGGACAUGCCAGGUCCUCCUCCCCACCACCACCCCAAUCAGAGGCUCCCUCCUCCAGGUAUGGGGGCCGAACAUCCUCCCUGGGGUGGAGGCCAGCACCCGGAUUUUGGCCCACCCCCACAUGGCUUCAAUGGCCAUUCACCCCACAUGCGUCAUCGGCAGCAUCCAGUGCAAGAUGACCCCAGUCUGGUGCCUAACGUACCCUACUUUGACCUGCCAGCUGGUCUCAUGGCUCCACUGGUCAAACUUGAGGACAGUGAUUAUAAACCUCUGGACCCUAAAGACAUCCGGCUGCCCCCUCCCAUGCCACCUAGUGAUCGCCUGCUAGCUGCUGUGGAAGCUUUCUACAGCCCUCCAUCCCAUGAUCGGCCUAGGAACAGUGAAGGCUGGGAGCAGAACGGCCUAUACGAAUUCUUCAGGGCCAAGAUGAGAGCCAGGAGGAAAAAGGGACAUGAGAAACGUAACAGUGGUCAUGGAGGUAGUCGCUCCAGGAGUCACUCUCGCAGCAGAGGGCGAUCUUCAUCUGGCUCCAGCUCUCGCUCCUCAAAGUCCUCCAGGUCCCAGUCACGCUCAUCUCGCUCCCACUCCCACAGCCGCUCCCGCUCCUACUCACGAUCCAGGUCCAGGAGCAGAUCCAGGUCAUCUCGGAGUCGUUCUCGUUCUCGCUCCAGAUCCAGAUCCCGUUCACAUUCACCUGCCAAAACACGCCGUGGCCCCAAAUCCCAGAGCUCUUCCCCUCCCUCCACAUCAGUGUUGGGUGCUCCUCCCUCCAAACUGUCUGCAGAUAACAGGCUCGGGGAGGAGAACAAGGGCCAUCAACUACUGAUGAAGAUGGGCUGGAGUGGUUCAGGUGGUUUGGGGGCCAAAGAACAGGGCAUCCAGGACCCCAUUAAAGGAGGAGACGUCAGGGAUAAGUGGGACCAGUAUAAAGGUGUUGGGGUGUCACUGGAUGACCCUUAUGAGAACUAUCGCAGGAACAAGAGCUACAACUUUGUUGCACGUAUGAAGGCACGAGAAGAAGUCAAUCGGGAACCUCAGGAGGCCCCUUCAACUGACUGAUGUCAUCAAAUAUUGUCAAACAACUCCUCAUCUUUCCCGUCGUGACCUCCAUCAAGGAUCUGAAUUUUACUGUCAGUUUUCAAUGGUUUUUGGAUUCUACAAUAUUGUUUUCAUUCUUCUCCCUGGAGUUGCUUGGUUAAAGGGUCAGUUAACCUAUAUCAAAAAAAUAAAACAAAAUCUCAUUUGGUAUCUCCAUUAUAAUGCUUUCAGCUUUAUUUGCAUAGAAUAAUGAAAAGAAUAUAUAUUUUUGAAGAAAUUCCUAUUCAUAAAAACUCAACAGCUCGUUGAUGAAAUGAUGCCCACUCACUUAUCCACAUAUCUUACUCCUGAAUUAAUAGUUCUUAUGAAAACUGCUCACUGUGGGUGGUCUCAUUGGUGGAUACCUCAAAACUUCAAAUAAAACUGUAGUAUAUAUAGGAGUGAUUGGAAACAUGUUUGUGUUAACUGACCAUUUAAGACAAAAAAUAGAUUAAGAGCAUAUAGCGGCUCUUUUCCAUUUUGGCUUUUCACUGCUGAUUAUUGUCAUACUUUUUCCAAUAAUUAGUUCUAUGGAGAUGUGAGUGUCAUUUUGUUGUAUUAAAAUAAAUCCCACAACCCAAAGUUAUGAAUAUGAAAUC